AUGGACAACUCUACAGCAGUUGCAUAUGUUAACAAGAGAGGGAAAACCAGGUCUUCGACUUUAACAACAUUGGCAGUCGAAUUUGGGAACGUUUGUCAACAGAAAGGAAUGUGGAUAACAGCACAACACCUUUCUGGAGUACAGAACGUCGAUGCGGACUGGCUUCUCGUCACUUCAAGUCUGGACAAGGCGAUCUUCACACGUAUAGUCACAAAGUAUUACACUUCAGAAGUCGACUUGUUUGCAUCUCGUCUCAAUCAUCAACUACACCUCUAUGUUUCUCGGCACCCAGACCUGGGUGCAAUUGAGGUCGAUGCAAUGUCAUUGCAUUGGAGCAGAUGGACACCAUUCAUUCAUGCGCCAAUUAUAACGCUUCCUCGCAUUCUGAAGAAGAUACGAGAAGAUCAGGCAACCUGUCUACUCAUUGCCCCGAACUGGCUGGGCCAGACAUGGUGUCCGCUACUAUUGGAGAUGUUGGUCAACAUCCUGUACCUUCUUCAAAUGACGGAAACGAGUCUGUAUCUACCUUUCGACCGGGAAGCGCAACACCCUCCGUGGAGAACAAUGAAGCUGGCGGUAUGACCACUUUCAGGGAACGCUGUCAAGCAGGAGGUCGUCCACCGCAAGUUUGUGACAUCCUUAUGGCCUCCUGGAGAGAAGGAACGAAAAAGAGAUAUGAAGGACCUUGGAGACUUUGGACUAGCUGGUGUGUCUCACGGAAUCAAUGUCCAUUUUCAGCCACUGUAGCAGCGUUUUUACAGUUUUUGGCUGAACAGUUUCAUAUUCGAAAGCUUUUCAUACCGAACUGUUGGUGUUUACAAAUCAUGCAUAGUCUCAGCUACAUGAUCCAGUAG